GACUUUGCAGAAAUCACAAAAGAUAAACAAAGUUUAGCAUACAAGUCAAUAUUUUGUGGAAAGAAGACUUACAUAGACUUACUCACGAAUGAUUUAAAUGAAGUUGCAUUUCACUGCAGAAUGAAAGGCGUGAAGCAAGAUGUUAUUGCUUUAACCGCUAAUGAAAUGUUUCCUGACUCUGUUCAGUGUUUCUAUGAUGAAGAUAAAGGUUUAAUGGUUCCGCAAGGAACAUAUGAACAAGACUCUGAGUUCAGUUUAAUGAAACUUUACAAAGCACUUUAUGACGGUCAAGAGAUUGGAUUUGACUUAUGUAAGUCUUCUAGUCCUUGCUUUGCUGAAAAGUUUAACUUCUCAAUAACGACUAAAACAAGCUUUAUUCGUAAGUUGAAGUUCUGA